AUGGACCCAACUGCCGCAGCGCGGAGGAGAAGACGUCGGCGGGUUGCCGAAGAGAAUCGAAAACGAGCUGCUCGAGCAGAAAAAUCUCCACUGAACGAGGACUCUCCAACCUUGCAAUCUCAGGCGACCGCACGAGGCGCCUCAGCUAGCCAUGCCAGGGACAGCCCUCGAGACAACAUCUCGACUGAAAGCCAUGAGUUGUUGUCGCCAGAAUCUGCAUUGUCGCAAGGCCUUGUCAAGCAUGUCGUUGUCGAUAACUCGAAGCGAGUUCAGUGGCCCAAUAUUCUUUCACGUCUCCGCGAAGCGUUCUCCCUGGAUCCUCAGGCAGCCCCGGAAGAGCGCGACAUGGUCGCCAUGCAAGCACGCAUGAUUAAACCCAAGGCAUUGCACCCUUACGAAUUGACAAGACUUCGGGCAGCGAUAGACGCUUUUCCCCCACAACCCGUUGCCGAUUUCCUUCUUUCAGUAUUCACAAAGCACGCAACAGACACAUUCUUUUACUUUGAUCAGGCCCAACUUAUAGGCGAGAUUGAAGAGUUUUACGCAACUCCAACCACCAGCCUAAGGUCUGAUCCAAGCUUUAUCGGCCUGGCAAUGGCUACCUUCGCUCUCGCAAGCCAGUGGACAACGCUAGAGCGACCGGAAGGAUCCGAUAUUAUUCGCAACCGAGAAAGUUCUGAUCUUGGAAGGUUAUUCCACUAUCAUGCUAAAACUCUGAUGCCCGACAUACUAGAUCGAUCGUGUUUGAGGUCUAUCCAGGCCCCAUUUGUCUUGGGUGUAUAUCUCAUGCCGGCAAGUGCAAUUGGUUCAUCUUAUGUCUAUAUGGGCAUGGCUCUUCGAAAAGCUUUGACUUUCGAUCUCCAUCUGAACGUGGAGGACCAGGGAAUGGAUGAGCGAGAGAAGGAGGUCCGGCGUCGUCUCUGGUGGUCCAUAUACUCCCUCGAGCGUUGCACUACAGUGAAACUCAACAGGCCACGUUCCAUCAGCGCCGACAUAAUUACAGCUCUACCUCCUUCGCCGUACCCUCCUCUGGACCGCCUUCAAACCUAUGAUAAUAUUCACUUCCAAAUAGCAUACAGCCGCUUGAUCAAGAUACUUGAUCAAGUAGCUGACCUCGGGGACGGCCAAAUGAACGCAGAGCAGCUAUUGCGUUGUUCAAAAUGGGAGGCAGAUCUCAAAGAGUGGAAGAGAUCUUUACCUCAGAACUUCAAGCUAGAUCGUAUCGAUCCAAAAGCUCCGAGCUAUCGCACAGUCUUCCAUCUCUACUUGAAUUAUUACUAUUCAUGGAUUACCAUGGGCAAAGUCUCACUCGUGACUGUGGCCCGGUCCAGGCUUCGGCAAUAUCUCCUUCCCGAGCAUCACGCACCCCAAAUUUGUGACACCGUGAGACGGCUUUCCGAUUCCUGCACAAAAGCUGCCAGAAAGCUUUUGCAACUAUUCGAAAAUUUGACGAAUACCCAAAACAUAACACGUUUCUCUUUCACCGACUUUCAGGGUUGCAGUAUCGCAACUAUAGUGACCCUAGUUGCUGGUAUCCUAGAACGUGAUUCAGGGUACGAAGCUCGGGUAGCAUUCGGGCUGGAUUGUCUCGGAAGAAUGGCCGCAGGUAAUAUGACUGCUCAAAUGGGCGUCAGAUUUGUCGAGGCUGUUCGUUCCAUUACAAACGAGGCCGCAGAGAAGCUUCAUUGUGCCAGCUCUCGCAGGAAAAGGCAUGAUGAGGACGUGGACUCUAGAUCAACCUCCGCUUACAACCAAUGGGCUGAGUGGCUUACGAUACAAGAACAAGAGGAUACAUCUUGCCGCACUCUCACUGAACCGGGACAAUUGCAGACAUCUUCAACUUCGCAUCCUGUUGUUGGUCCAUGGCCACCGUGGCAAGCUAUCGACGAUGAAAUCUUUCAAAAUACGUCUUCCAUACCGCAGCAGGGUAUCAGAGAGGCAAGAGACCACCAAUGGCUAGAAGCUACAGAUCAGGAUUUAUUUUCGGGCCUCCACGGUGAUGAGCAGACUUUAUUGAUGGGCCUCACUGGGCUAGAUGCUCUGGACUUUUCAGGAUUGACAGACCAAUUGUAA